GGAGAGGCAGCGGAGCGCGGGGAAGCCGGCUGGGUGGCGGGCGGCUCGGGUUGGCCUCCCGGGUCGGGAUCCCCCCCGGCGGAACCAUGCGGGUGGCCAAGUGGCUGACGGGGCUGCUCUACCAGCUCUCGCUCUUCAUCACCAGGUCUUGGGAAGUUCACUUCCACCCCAGGCAGGAAGCCCUGGUGAGGACACUGGCCUCCUACGAAGUGGUGACCCCCGCGCGGGUCAAUGAGUUCGGCGAAGUGUUCCCGCAGAGCCACCACUUCAGCCGCAGGAAGCGCAGCUCGGAGGCGCCGGAGCCCACGCCGCUCAGGACCCACUACCGAAUCCGCGCCUACGGGCAGCUCUUCCAGCUGAACCUGAGCGCCGACGCGGCCUUCCUGGCUGCCGGCUACACCGAGGUGCACUUGGGAGCCCCAGAGCGCAGGGCCGAGGAGCGCAGCGCGGCGCCCCCAGACCUCCGCCACUGCUUCUACCGCGGCCAGGUCAACGCUCGCGAGGAUCACACAGCCGUCUUCAGCCUCUGUGGAGGCCUGAUGGGAACAUUUAAAGCACAUGAUGGUGAAUAUUUCUUAGAACCUAUAAUGAAGGCAGAUGGGAGUGAACUCGAAGAUGAUCAUAACAAGCCACAUCUUAUAUACAGACAGGAAUUCAAGAGGAACUUUUUUCUGCAGUCUCACAAACCUUGUGAAGUUUCAGAAAGUCAAAUAAAGAAAACCACUUUACCCUUUCAUAACUACAGCAACAUGAAUGAAGAUCUUUCCAUAAAGGAAGAAGUAGUUUUAGGAUACUCUUCAAAAAAUACAUCAUUGGAAGAUGAAAGAAGUCAGUUACAUUCCAGGAGGAAACGUUUUUUAUCAUAUCCAAGAUACGUGGAAGUUAUGGUCACAGCUGACACUAAAAUGGUCCAUCACCAUGGGCAGAAUUUGCAGCACUACGUACUAACUCUAAUGUCGAUCGUUGCAGCAAUCUACAAGGACUCAAGUAUUGGAAAUCUUAUAAACAUAGUAAUUGUAAAAUUAGUGAUAAUUCAUGAUGAACAGGAAGGACCAGUCAUCAGUUUUAACGCAGCCACCACGUUACGCAACUUCUGUUUGUGGCAGCAAACUCAGAAUGUUCUUGACGAUGCUCACCCGUCCCACCAUGACACUGCCGUUCUUAUCACCAGGGAAGACAUAUGUGGAGCUAGAGAGAAAUGUGACACAUUAGGUUUAGCAGAAUUAGGUACCCUGUGUGAUCCUUUACGGAGCUGCUCUAUCAGUGAAGAAAAUGGACUUAGUGCCGCCUUUACCAUUGCCCACGAGCUUGGGCACGUAUUUAACGUUCCACAUGAUGAUAGUUUUAAAUGUAAGGAAACUGGAAUUAAACAUCAGUACCAUGUAAUGGCUCCAACUUUAAAUUACCACACCAGUCCUUGGACCUGGUCAAAAUGCAGUCAGAAAUACAUCACCGAAUUCCUAGACACUGGUCAUGGGGAAUGCCUCCUUGACAAGCCAAAUGGAAGAAUAUAUGACCUGUCUUCACAGCUUCCUGGAUUAAUGUAUGAUGUGAACAAGCAAUGUGAACUUAUGUUUGGUCCUGGAUCACAAGUGUGUCCCUAUUUGAAACAAUGCAGGCGUCUCUGGUGCACGAGCGCAGAGGGAGUUCACAAGGGCUGUCGCACUCAACACAUGCCACUGGCAGAUGGAACAAACUGUGGUCCUGGGAUGCAUUGCCGCCACGGGCUCUGUGUAAACAAAGACAUGGAAACACGUCCUGUAGAUGGCGAAUGGGGACCCUGGGGACCUUACAGUUCUUGUUCAAGAACAUGUGGAGGUGGAGUCAAAAGCACAACCAGGCUCUGUAAUCGCCCCGAGCCAAGAAACGGAGGAAAGUUCUGUGUGGGCCGCAGGAUGAAAUUUCGCUCAUGUAACACUGAUUCCUGUCCAAAAGGCAAGCAAGACUUUCGUGAGAAGCAGUGCUCUGAUUUUGACGGUAAACAUUUCAACAUCAAUGGUCUUUCCCCUAAUGUGAGGUGGCUUCCAAAGUACAGUGGGAUUGCCGUAAAAGAUCGUUGUAAACUCUAUUGUCGGGUUGCGGGAACCACUCACUUCUACCAGCUGAAGGACAGGGUUGCUGAUGGCACGCCUUGUGGGACUGAAACGAAUGACAUCUGUGUUCAAGGCCUGUGUCGGCAAGCGGGCUGUGAUCACGUGUUAAACUCCAAGGCCAGGAGAGACAAAUGUGGAGUGUGUGGUGGGGACAACUCCUCCUGCAGGACAAUGGCAGGUGUCUUCAACAGUGCUCAUUAUGGUUAUAAUGUCGUUGUAAAGAUUCCCCCAGGAGCAACAAACAUUGAUAUUCUUCAGCACAGCUAUUCUGGAAAACCAGAAGAUGACAAUUACCUUGCCUUGUCAGACACUCAAGGGAAUUUCCUUUUGAAUGGCAAUUUUGUUGUAAGUAUGUCCAAAAAAGAAAUCAACGUGCAAGGAGCUAUUUUUGAAUACAGUGGUUCAAACAACUCAAUUGAAAGAAUUAAUAGUACUGAUCGGCUGGAAGAAGAACUUGUUUUGCAGGUUUUGUGUGUGGGUAAUCUGUACAACCCCGAUGUGCGUUAUUCCUUCAACAUCCCCAUGGAAGAGAAGAGCGAUCUGUUCACAUGGGACCCAUAUGGACCAUGGCAAGACUGUACAAAAAUGUGUCAAGGUCUUCAUAGAAGAAAAAUUACCUGCGUACGUAAGAGUGAUCAUACGGUAGUGUCUGAUCAAAGAUGUGACCACUUACCACUUCCAUUGUUGGUGACUGAAAGGUGCAAUACAGACUGUGAACUAAGUUUGAAUAAUGGCACUUGGUAUCGGCUUGUGGUCUCUCAGUGCACAGCCACGUGUGGACAGGGCUAUCAGAUGCGUGCCGUCAAAUGUGUCAACGAGCUACUCAGUGCGGUGUUAGAUGACCGGCUGUGCCACGGAGCUGGUCGCCCCAGCGACAGGCAGGUCUGUACAGUUACACCUUGCCCGAUCAUCCCUAAAAUUGGGGCCACUUCAUUACCAGCUGCUCCCAUGGGGAAGACAGCACAGUGGCGAUAUGGUUCUUGGACCCCAUGUUCUGUGUCUUGUGGAAGAGGUAGUCAAGCCCGCUAUGUAAGCUGUCGUGAUGCACACGAUGGAAUAGCAGAUGAAUCCUACUGUGCCCAUGUGCCCCGACCUGCUGAAACAUCAACCUGUUUUAGCCCUUGUGGAGAAUGGCAAAUGGGCAACUGGUCACCUUGUUCAGCUUCCUGUGGCCACGGAAAAACAACUCGGCAAGUUUUAUGCGUCAGCUAUCAUCAGCCAGUUAAUGAGAAUUACUGUGACCCUGAAGUUCGCCCUUUGAUAGAACAAGAAUGUCACCUGGCAGCCUGCCCGCCCACGUUCAGCCACUUUCCGAGUUCCUCUGAGCAGCCAAGCCAUUUUCCAGGCAGGAAUUUUCCGUUAACUCACAAACCAGAAGAUAAUCAAAAUCAGGGGGUCCACCCAUCACUCAGAGGAAACCAGUGGAGAACAGGACCCUGGGGAUCAUGCUCCAGCAGCUGCGCCGGGGGCGUGCAGCGCAGAGUCGUGGUCUGCCAGGACGAAAACGGACACAGCGCCAGCCACUGCGCCGCGGCCUCCAAACCCCCAGAGGCAAAGCACUGUGAUUCCGGACCUUGUCCUCGGUGGAGCUAUGGAAGCUGGGGUGAAUGUACCCAGACAUGUGGAGGAGGAAUAAAAUCAAGAUUCGUGAUAUGUCAAUUUCCCAAUGGCCAGAUGUCACGAGAGCAAAACUGUGAAAUCUUGAACAAGCCCCCUAGUGUGGCACAGUGUCACGUGCAUGCUUGCCCUGACGAUGUGUCAUGGCAUCGGGGACCAUGGAAAUCGUGCUCAGCCUCUUGUGGUAAAGGUUUAAAGUACCGUGAAGUGCUUUGCAUUGACCAAUUCCAUGGGAAAUUAGAAGAAAAAUAUUGCAGUCAUCUACAGAAACCUCGAACUCAUAAAGCUUGUAGAUCUGUCAGAUGUCCUUCAUGGAAAGCCAAUAGAUGGAAGGAGUGCUCCGUGACCUGUGGCUCUGGAGUUCAGCAAAGGGAUGUGUACUGCCGACUGAGAGGUGCUGGUCGCGUGGCAGAAGAAAAGUGUGAUGGGUCCACGCGGCCUGAUUUUCAGAGACAGUGUUGGCGUCAGGACUGCCUGCAGUACCAGUGGGUGGCAGGAGAGUGGCCAGAUUGUUCAACAUCGUGUAAGAAAAGGGAGAUGCAUCGGCAAGUGAUGUGCAUGGAUGCCCAAAACACUCGUGUGAAUGACAGUUUCUGUGAUCCUUCAACCAGACCUCCUUCAACUAAAAAGUGCAGAAAUUCUCCCUGCAAGUAUAUUGUGGUAACAGGAGACUCCUCACAGUGUGCAGGUAACUGUGGAUUUAGUUACCGACAAAGGAUUACAUACUGCACUGGGAUCCGAUCUACUGAGAAAUCGAAGCUUCGUCAGCUGUGGCCUGUAACCUAUCGAGAAUGCCCCGUGCUGCCCUCCCCUCAAGUGUACAAAUGCAAUUUUAAGACCUGUUUGCACAUGGCCACUUGGAAAGUGGGAACAUGGAGCAAGUGCUCCGUGACUUGUGGAGUUGGGAUAAUGGAGAGAAGAGUGGAAUGCCUGGCUGAAAAUGGGUGGUCCAGUGACUUAUGUUUAAAGCGUUUAAAACCAGACGCUCAGAAGAAAUGCUAUGUCAAUGACUGUAAAAUAUUUACCAGCUGCAAAGAAGUCCAAGUGAAAAAUAACAUUACCAAGGAUGGUGACUAUUAUCUUAACAUUAAAGGAAGAAUGAUAAAGAUCUAUUGCACCGGCAUGACCUUAGAGAACCCCAAGGAAUAUAUAUCUUUGGUCAAAGGGGAAGAAGACAACUUUUCUGAAGUGUACGGCUUUAGACUACAAAAUCCAUAUGAAUGCCCUUUUAACGGAAGUAGGAGGCAAGACUGUGAGUGCAAAAAUGACUACCUGGCUGCCGGGCAUACUGUUUUCAGCAAAAUAAGAAUUGAUCUCACUUCCAUGCAAAUUAAAACUACAGACCUCUUUUUUGCCCGGACAAUAUUUGGAAACGCAGUUCCAUUCGCCACAGCUGGAGACUGCUACAGUGCUGCCAGAUGCCCACAGGGACAAUUCAGCAUUAAUUUGGCAGGGACUGGGAUGAAGAUAUCCAGCACAGCGAAGUGGCUUGCUCAGGGCAGCUAUGCCUCGGCCAUCAUACACAGAUCACAGGAUGGAACCAAAGUCUACGGCAGAUGCGGAGGGUUCUGCGGCAAGUGUGUUCCUCACGCGACUACUGGUCUCCCAAUUCAAGUCAUAUGAAUCGUUCGGAAGUGGGGCCCGUGUGUCCGUCCAGAGAGGAGACAUUCUCUGGAACGUGCAGAUAGCUGGUGCCCAUUUCUUCAGCCUUCCCUUCCUGAGACUUCCAUGUCUACAAGACCUGCGCCUUUGCUUCAAGGUGCUCAUCAGGGAGUCAAAUCACUGCUCAAUUUUUCAAGGCCUUCAAAAUAAUCUGAAUGAUACGCGACUCUAAUUGGGACCCUUUAAAGGACUUAAUAACUUCUGGUAGGAUCUGCAGGGAUGUUGGAGUGAAUUAGACCAAGAUAGCUUUGCUGUUAGCAGCUUGGACUGGACCACAGAUAUGUUAUACCCAUAAAUACACAUGUACAUCUCGGCUCAGUAUCCUGUUGUACAAUGAAAUGUUUAUUUCUGCUUGUUAAAAUGGAGCAAGGAAAGAUUAGGUAAAUGAACUUACUUAAAACUACUGUAAACAUUGUUGAACCUGCCAGGUAAAUAGCAAAUGAAUAGUCACAUCAAAAAAGUACAUAGACAUUAUACUUUCUACUGAUACAGCUUAGAUACCUAGUUUUAUAUUUUCUUUCAUUUUCCAUUGUGUAUGAUGGUGCUUCAAAAAAAAUCACCCUAAAAAUGUGGUAUCAUUUUGUAUUUAAAACAUAUACUUGGGUUGAAUACUAAAUAUGAAAUUUUGUGGGUAUAAUACAGAAGAAGAUAUGAUGGAGUACAUUUUGACUUAAAACAUCUACCUCCAAUUUGAUUGUACUUCUAAGAGCAAUACAUUGUUUUUUCAAUGUUUAUAUUCUGUCCUUUUUAACUCUUACAAAUGUAUAUGUCUACUCUUAAAAAAUCUAUUUUCUCAAAGUUAUGUACUGUAUUUUAUUAGUCAAGUAGAGAAGUCAGAAUUAUUGAAAUUUUAAAGGUCCUGUUUUGGUAAACAUAAAAUUUUGUUUACAUAUGCAAAAUUUUUAUUAGAAAUGUUCAAGUUAUUUUAUAUCUAAAGUUUCUCAAAGCCAGAACAUAAAAGCAUAAAAAAUAACUAUUCAUGGGGAAAUUCUCAGGUAUUAAGAGAUUUUUUUUCAGGUGAAUAAUUUAAUUGUGUAUCAUAUAAUAAUGUGAUUUUUAAAGAAUCAUAGGCAAACAGUAUUUUUCUAUGGCAGUCUACUCUAUAAACUAAGGAAACUGAAUAUACCAGUAGAUUUUUACCAGUAAAUAGUAGUUUAUUAGUUUUACCCACAAAGUUUUUCUUUUCCAAACAGUUACUAGGGGUCUAUUGUACCAUAUAAGGUACUAAAGCAAUUUUGUGCCAAUGUGGUUAGACAAGCAUAUAGGGAUCUCUGUAUCAGAACCGAAGUAUUUUGCACUAUGUGCCCGAAAGCAGUGACAAACAUUAAUACAAAAUGUGUACCAUUGUCUAGAAAUGUUUUCAUUCAUAAGUAAAAUCUUAUAAUUUAUGAACUUUUAAAUAAUAAACAUAUA